AUGUCGGGCCGCGGUGGGAAACAAGCUAAGAGGGCGAAAGCAAAAUCUAGGUCAGCCAAGGCAGGCCUACAGUUUCCAGUGAGCCGAGUUCACCGUUACUUGCGCCAGACGACUCAUCAUUUCCGCAUCGCGUCGGGUGCGCCAGUUUACCAAGCAGCUGUGAUGGAAUACUUGACUGCUGAGAUCUUAGAACUCGCAGGAAACGCGGCGCGUGAUAAUAAGAAAACUAGAAUAAUUCCGCGGCAUAUUUUGCUGGCCGUGGCCAACGAUGAAGAACUGCAUCAGGUUAGUGUUCUAUUUAAAUUUUUUUUGGUUUGAUAUGUAGCACUACAUUGUAUGUUCUAUUGUUAGUGGAGGUAUAACUUUUUGAUGCUAUCGGUGCACGGUUCGUACCCAUACCUGCGUUUCUUUGUGACAUUCGAACAGAUGAUCUCUCGAAGGAGAGCGGUUUUAAAAUUCGUUGUUCCUCGUGGAAGCUUGGUAUCUUACUGUGUCAAAGGAAAUCUUAUAAACACGGUCGCAAAUGUGCAAAAGUAACGAUUUAUACUUUAGUGUGAAGGGACCAAGUUUUACUAAAGCUUGAUCAGCACAUGAAAUCAUAAACACAGCCUGCCAACCGAACAGCUGUGAAACCGCGUUGUUGAGCAGUCGCGUUCAUUUUCUAUGCCCGUGUUAAUUUGAUCGCUUGAAAGAAAAGUCGUACCUUUUUAUGCGCUGUAGUUAUUUCGCCUCGUUUCACUUUCGUUUGAUCCUAAACAAAUCUUACUUCUAUACAGUACCGCUUCACGCGUGUUUAUUGACUGGUGCCUUAUUCAUAGACACACCACUUUCCAUAUUAUAGCAAGAAAGGAGAGUUUGUGAGUGUUAUUUCCCAUCCUUCGAGGACUUCUUUGUGAUUUUGAUACCAAGUAUUCACAGGUAUUCAAUGAUUACUCAUGAGAAAUUUGUUCUUCCACGAAUUUGUGUGACCUCGUACAAGUUAGAAAUUCAUGUCGGUAUUGGUCUGCGGGCUAAGGAUCGCUUCCGGUGGACUGAUCGUGGUACAUAUACGAAGGAACUAGUAAACUUGAAUGGGAGCAAAUUACUUUUUUUCCUCUUGCUAUUUUGGAAAACUGAAAGGUCACCAAAAACAUCUUGUGAAUGCUGAAGCCACCUCUAGGAGAAUUUCUGAGAGCUUAUACAUUCAGGAUUGUCAUUCAUUUCUUGGCUUUCGAACAUGUAACUGCUCAGUUUAUAGCGGAGCUCACAGAGUGUAGCCCCAUCAUUUUACAAAAUAGUAGUAACCCAUCAAGCCGAAAAAAUUUGGAUGUACGACCAUACAACCAUACAAGGUGCUACUUUUAACAUGCGUGGUCAACUGUACUGCGGGCACAUCAAUGCCACAGCCUUGUCCAGUAGUCCAGUGGUCAGUGCACUGGGCUCCAAGUCAGACGACCCGGGUUCUAGUCCUGGCAGGGUUAAGGCAUUGUGCCCUUGAGACAUGUGGAAAAAAAAAAUGCGAGCUCUGCUUUUAGGCUUGGCUAAAUCUUUAUAUUAUUGAGUAUUGAAACAAGCUUAUCUAACCUAAACUCAUCAUUACAAAUGGUGAUUGAAAUGUCUGUACCCAAAUCACAAGCACUCUAAUGAAGACCUGCUUCCUGAGUCCCUUCAGCAACUACUAGUGCAAUGACGUAUUUGAUGUAUUGGGUCAAUGUCAACAUUUGAACACUUGUGCCAAUACCCCUAACUUGUUGAUAUAUAGAUUUAGCCAAGCCUAAAAGCGGAGCUUGCAUUUUUUUUCUCAAAUGUCUCAAGGGCGCAACGCCUUGCCUCAGCCAGGACUAGAACCCAGGUCGUCCAACUAGGAGCCCAGUGCACUGACCACUGGACUACUGGACAAAGCUGUGGUGUUGGCAUGUGCGCGGUACAGUUGUUCACGCAUGUUAAAAGUAGCACCUUGUACAGUCAUACAUCCAAAUUUUUUCAGCUUGAUGGGUUACUUCUAUUUUCUAUAAUUAUGGGGCUAUGCUCUGUGAGCUCCGCUAUCAGUUGACUGUUAUUGGGUCAGGGGAGGAGUGGGUGUGCAGUUCCUUAGAUACUGACUUUGAUCUGAUAUAUCCUUAAAGGGACCUUGAAUUCUAGAGUUAACCCCUAAGAGUGACUAGCAUCUAAUUUCUCCUUACAAUAUCUCCCCUGAAUUAAACAUUUAUGCCAUGAGAGUAAAGGAAAUGGUCACCAACUAAAGAAACCCUGGAUUGUUAGACUAACUCUCCUUGUCAGCACCGUAGUAAAUCUACAGAGAACAGUAUGGAGAAUAUGAAUUCUGAUGCAAGAGUGUAAAGGGUUGAUAUGUCUUGUUGAUUAGCCAAACUGAAAAGCUUUGUUAUAUUUGUUGUUUACCAAAGUGAGGUGUAUCUUAAUUUUACCAGUUGUUGAAAGGUGUGACAAUUGCAUCUGGAGGAGUCCUCCCUAAUAUUCACCCGGAACUUUUGAAGAAAAGAAAAGGUGGGAAACUCGUACCACCAGAUGAAAUAAAACCAAAGCAUCCAAAGACAACAUCAGCACCCAAACCAACCACAUCAGGGAAGAAAAUGCCAAGUCCAGCAAAGAAAGCACCCUCGCCUGCCAAGAAAGCACCUAUUUCUCCUGCUAAAGGGAAAAAGAAAGGGGUAAGUUAAGGUAUCUUUCAUCUUUACGGCAGGAUUUUCCAUAAGAAGCAGAUUAGGUGGGAAUAGUCCAGUAGUAGGCAUGAAGAUGAGCACUCUUAGCUUGUUGAUGUAGGGAUUUCAAUAUCUUUUUCCAUUGUGGCUGCCAAUAAUUGGUGUAACAGGCAGCUGUACCUAUAGAAGGAGUUAUCAAGGAAACCCAAACAUUAGAGCGUUCUCAAAGGCUAAACAGUAAGCAGUUAGAUUUCUACAGGCAGCGAUAGAUGUGCAGCCAGUGAGUGGCUUUUAGUGAAGCCCCUGUGAUAGCAUGAGUCCCUAAUUUAGCCUCUCAAAAUUUAAGCCUCUUGAAAUACAUUCUCUGCACUUUGGAGUAAGAAUUGUCUUUAUGCAAUGGAAGGCUUCUCACCAUAUGGAGUAGUAUGUCUGAAUGAUCAAAGAAUAGAGAAACAGGAAGUAUUGCUAAAAUUACUCAGAAUUUAGGCAACAAUAUUUAGUUUUGGUGUUUUUGUUUAACAAUCAAUAGCUUUUUGAGUUCACAACCAUUUCUUUUAAUGUCAUUACCUUGGAUUUAGGAGUGAUACUUUUGGGAGAAACUAGAUGAUGAUCAUUGAAGUAGUGUUCCAGUUUGUGUUCUCUCAUCCUGGACAUCUUUAUUAAGUCUUAGUCUUCUUCCUUUUUAAUUUGCCUAACAUAUUUUUAAUAUCACUGUAAUAUUAUUUUCAGCCUGCUCCAAGAAAAGGAGCUGACAAAUCUUCUUUAGGUGCAGGAGUUACUGUUCUUUCAGAGAAAACUCUCUUCUUGGGCCAAAAGGUAAGUGUUACAGAAGAUGAUUUGACUGGUACAGCCGUGAGGAAUGCUUCAUGGUUCUAUCUACAAUGUGUAUUGCCUCUCAUUCCUUCCUUUGACACAGUCAUUAGUUUUCUAAGCCCCAAGAUCAUCUACUGCUCAGUUUUAAGCAUGUUAAGGAUUGUUAUUAAUUGAAUUGUUUUCUCUUGUUUUAGUUAACAGUGAUUCAGUGUGAUAUUGCAACAGUGGAGGCAGAUGCUUUAGUACACCCAACUAAUGCAUCAUUUUAUCUCGGUGGUGAAGUAGGUUCGUGCUUAAAUCUUGUUCUUGCCUUUUUAGACCUGGGAUAUCACUUCAUUGGUACUCGAUGCUAAUUGAUCUCUUGCUUGAGUGACCAAGACUGAUUUUCUCUUUAUAAUGUUAGUACAAUAUCAAGUGGACAAGUGAUGAGAAUAAAGAAGAAUAUCAAUGAGGGCAUGAUUAGUUGAUCUACUACCAAAUUCUCUGAACAAACACGGGGAGAAUGGUGUGGCAGACAGUAAGGAGAAGAGUGAAAAAGGGUUAAACUCCUUUACACCCUAAUGUUUGCAUACAUGUAUAUUCUCCAUACUGUUCUCUAUACAUUUCCUGAGGUGUUAACAAAGAGAAUUUGUUUAACAAUCAAGAGCUUCUUCAGUUGGUGAUCAUCUCCUUUACUCUCAUACCCUUCAUGAAUGAUUCAGGGCUGAUAUUGAGAAAUUAGAUGCUAGUCACUGUUAGUCAAGAGGUUAUGCAAGUGGAGCUUGACUGUUGCAAAUGGCAGGAAAUAAAGAAGAUCAAUUAUUGUAUUAAGUAACUGGUAUCAUGGGUCUCAAUUUGCUAGCUUCCAUUCAGUUGAGAAAGCUGGUGGAAUUUCACCAAAAUUAUCAAUGAUUAAUUUGUUUUCACUCAACCAUAUUAAAAGUUUGUCUUUUGUUGUUGUUAGGAAUGUGAUGGUUUCAAAUGUGCCUAACAUUUAUUUUUGAUGCUGCAUUGAUUUUCAGGUUCAGCUCUUGAGAAAGCUGGUGGAAGUGAGUUUAAGGAGGAGGUAAAAAAACUCUCUGAAUCUCAUGGACCAUUAGAACUAGCAACAGGUAUGUUUUAACACCUCUCAAUCAGUCCAGCUCAAACACAGAAAAUAUUCUUUUAGCUCCCAUUUGGACAAAGUCAGAUACACUUGCUAACACAGCUCUUUUCUGGCAGGGAUUGUGGUUCAAACUUUGGUUCUUGCAAAUUGAAAAAUUUGUCUUCUAGUAACUUUUACUUUUAGUUUGGGCAUAAUUGCAUCUGUGGUUCAGAUUUGGUCAGCUGAUGCAACUGUUUGUUAUGCAUAUUGCCCAUGCUGUUCUCUAUACAUUUCCUAAGGUGCUGACAAGGAGAAUUUGUUUGAAAAAUACAGAGCUUCGUUAGUUUGUGAUCAUCUUCCUACUUCUCAUAACCGUAAUGUUUGAUUUGGGUUGAUUCAGUAAGGAGAAAUUAGAUUCUAGUCACUCUUAGGGGUUAAAGAGCCAAUGUCACUUGUAAGUGAUCAACACUCCCAUUUCUAACUGACAUUUAUUUUAUUUUAUUUGUACAUUUAUUUAAAGAAAUCAGUAUAAGGUUUACAAAACUUCAUGUCCUGCAAAUAGCUACAAUGCUAAUCUAGGCAGGACAAGACUUUAACUAAAGGCGUUAUUAAAUUACAUAAGAAAAAAGAAAAGAAGAAAUACAAAAACAUACAGAAAGAAACACCUUACAUAUAAAUUCAAGUACAAGGGAUUUUGUUAUUUGAAAAAGACUAAAAUUACAACUAGAGGUAUAUACAAUAUAUCACGUUAACUUCACAAAAUAUUCUAUUAAAAACUUAACAUUCAAAUAAUAAUAAAACUGACAAUUUUUUUUAUUUUUCUUCAUCAGCGGCUAUUUGUGAUGGACAUAACUUUCCAGCGCAGUAUGUGAUCCAUGUUCAUAGCCCACCUUGGGAAAAUGAUUCUUCUGUUGAAAAUCUCGAGAAAGCUGUCAAAAGUGUGUUGACAUUGGCUGAUGAGAAGAACAUCAAAUCUAUUGCUAUCCCCUCUAUUGGCAGUGGAUCGUAAGUAUUUUUUUAAGUAUUGAUAUUGCAUGUUUGACUUAAAAGCUUGUGCAAAGUCAUCAACAAAUUUAUUCCUGAAUGCUCUAGAUUUUACAACUUCAUGAAAUUUUCCUUAAAAUAUUUUCCAUUGCAACAGUUAAAAAGUGUUUUUAUCAUAGAAGGUCUUUCUUAGUUUCAACAAUGAAUGGACAUGCAGAGUUGAUUCAAAUUAUGCGGCUAUUGGAGAAACACAAUGUAACAAAGGCAGGGUUCUCAAUAAGUCAGGAAGUAGAUGGCUAGCUUCUUGGACUCAAUGGCUGACAAUCUGAGAUUCUUUCAUGGGUUUCAUGGUAUGCUUCCAUACAAAAUAUCAUAUUUGAAAUGCGGAGACUCUGAAAUGUUUUUCUAUGCACUCUUUCUGGAGGUAAACCCAAAGCAAAAUGGUAGUUUCUUGGCUUGGUAGACACCUGCCAGUAAGAGAUUGGAAGUACUUGUUAAAUUACUGUGUAUGUUUUUGUGGAAUGCAAAGACAAAUUUUUAAGAAAUAGGUCUCCCCACAGCAGUGGUGCUAAGAUGAGAAAUUAGAUGUUUGUCAAUAAGAGGUUAGUUUGCAAAUGCAAAAACAAGUUUCAAGAAAUUUGGCUCCCCACAGCAGGGGUGCUUUGAGGAGACAUUAGAUGUUAGUCACCCUAAGGGUUAAAGGAUUUAACAGCCCAUCUUAACUAUCUUUCUAUUUUGUUUCUCCCGAAAGCAGCAACAACUUCCCCAAAGGCACAGCUGCACAGGCCAUCCUGAAAGCCAUCUCCAACUAUUUUGUGUCCGUCAUGGCGUCAUCCCUGAAACAGAUCUAUUUUGUUUUAGAUGACAUGGAAUCCAUUGGAAUUUACACCAUGGAACUUGCGCGUCUUGACUCCUAGGAAUUGCUUACACAUUUUGUCACAUCUUUUUAGAAUAUUCCAUUGUAAGAAAUGAUCAGGCGCAAUAUGUGUCAUCAUCAUCUUGUCUGCCUGUCAUGUGCAGAAUUUAGCUGUAUUUUUUUUUUAUAUCUAUAUUUUCCACUCCUUAAAAUCUGAGUGUUGAUUCUUCUUGUUAGCUUCCAUACAUUUCAUUCUGUGUCAGUUUUGAAAAGUGAGGAUUACAUCAAGAUGAAACCACGACAUCUAUUUUUGCCAGUAUUGUCAUUACGUGUCCUUCUUCAUAGUGUUGUAAUGGAAAUUUGCACUCUGAACACUUCAGUUUUACUGACUGUUAGUAAAGCAGCAUCUGAAAGUAUCUGUUCCCUAGACCUGAGUAAAAGGAUGGAUGCCAAGGAAAAUUGCCUCCAUGUGCUGAGGGUGAGUUAUUCCCCAAACCAGAGCAAUAUUUAUUGUAUGGAAACUGUGAAGGAGAGUUAAUGUUUGAUGAAGUAAUCACCGUGGGGUUUCAUAUGCAAUUUUAAACAAGCACAUUUAACUUGCUCAAGGAGUCAAAAUGGUUUACUGGUGACAUAAAUAGCAUAGGUUAAGGCUCCAAUGAAUCACAUGUGGCCUUCCUCUGCCUUUGCAGAUCAUGUAGAACUAUGUUUCAGUUGGGGGGGGGAGGAUUUGACAAGGUCCCUAUGAUUUUAGGACGCACUUUAUCCUCAAUAAGUAAACAUAUUUGUCUAGGAUUACUUAUAUACUCAUCUUCUUGAUCUCUUUAAGGAUGGGGUGGGUAGUGUAUCUCCACCCACUCCUCCCCCUGUUGUUAGUUUGUUACUGAGUUACAAAGUCUGACAUGGAGAAAAUUAUGCAUGAGUUCAAGUUCUUUGUUAAGGUAGUUCCUGCGGGGAUGUUCCAAUAUUUCUUGCUCUUAAUCAUUCCUCCCCAAUAUGUCAUGCUGUGAUGAACAUGUCAACUCUGAAGCAACCAUGAUCUGAUUAGUAGUACUGCUUUCCAGUUUCCUUACAUUUCCCCAUAAGUUGGUGAGGAGUAAACGGUGUUAUAUAUCACCUUAACAUUUCCUGCUGAUAAAGUUCUCGUUUCUUAUCACCUGUAUGGUGCAUAAUUUGUCAAAAUUGUAAAGAGAAGUUACGAGUU